AGGGCGUGGACUUGGGACCGCGCGAGAAGCCGGCGCGCCGCGAAAGGAGAGGGUUCCGGCAGAGACCAUGGCGUCGCUCAAUUGCAGAACCGCUGUCUGCGUUAUCUGUUUGGAGAAGCCUAAGUACCGUUGCCCCGUCUGCCGUGUGCCCUACUGUUCCGUGACCUGUUUCCGGAAGCACAAAGAGCACUGCAACCCUGAAACUCGUCCUGUUGAGAAAAAAAUAAGAUCAGCUCUUACUGCAAAAACUAAAGAGCCUGUGGAAAACAAAGAUGAUGACGAUGACUCUGUGGCUGAUUUUCUCAAUAGUGAUGAGGAAGAGGACAGAGUUUCUUUGGAGAAUUUAAAGAAUUUAGGGGAAUCUGCAGCACUGAGAAGCUUACUGCUCAAUCCACACCUUAGACAGCUGAUGGUCGACCUCGAUCAGGCGGACAACAAGGCAAAGCUCAUGAGAGCCUGCAUGCAGGAGCCCUUGUUUGUGGAGUUUGCUGACUGCUGUUUAAGGAUCGUGGAACCAUCCCAGCAUGAGGACUCUUAAGGGGGAUUAUUGUGCUGUGCUGCCUGCUCCUCCCAGGAGGCCAGCUUGUGCAGAGCCCUCAGCCGGGUCGGUACUUCCCAGGACGCAGAGCGGCCAACGGGUAGGUCCUGCGCAUCUUUCCCUCUGCUGCCCAGGGCUGGGGCCCGGCGGAUGAAGGGACUCAAGGUGGCAAACCCUUUAUGGAGAGAGGUCUUGACAUUCAGAUGGUUGUUUUUACAUGUUUUAUUUUUGGUACAGUUACAUAAAUGAUAUCAAGUUUCACACCCA